GAUCGAUGCUCUCUUCCUCGCUCAGGAAAGAGAUGAACACAUAUUGCGCAUGUAGGCGCGUCUUGCGGAAGAAAAAUUUCACAGCUGAUAACUAAAUAGUUCCGCAUGCCACCACUGGGUGGCGCGCUAAUGAUAACAACGUGGAAAACGUCACGGCUGUCAAGUGUCAAACCGGCUCGCACACGCUCACUCGCUCAGUCAAAAUAACAAUAGUAAUCUUCUCUUUGGAAUUUCAAUGUUCAACAUUAAUCUUUAAGUAUCAUUGCUUUUCGGAUCGGAAUUACACAAUAUGCCGUUCAAAGUGCUAACAAGAUCUUUAAAAACUCUGAGUUAUGUUGGGAGUUACAAGAAAAUCAGGGAUAGACCUCACAGAUUAUUCUAUGCUGCAAUUGUGGGCACAGGAUAUGUGGCAUACAGCCAGUAUAAAAAAAGUAAAGUGGAAAUGAAGGAAAUAAUACAAUUGCAAAAUUACAUGGCUGAGCCUAUCACACCUGUUGAACAACUGGAACAGAACCGGGAUGACAUGAAGACACAGAUGGAACUACUCAUCUUGAGGAUACAGGCUGAAUUUUGUAAGGCCCUCGAGAAAGAGGAAGAUGCGGCUUGGGAGGAUGAAAAAACUGCAGAUGAAUAUGAUUUUGAAAAUGAUGUGUUCUUAAUGUCUCCGGAAGCCAAAUUCAAAGUGGACAGAUGGCUUCGUAAGGAAGGUGGUGGCGGAAUCUCGUGCGUGUUACAAGAUGGCCGCGUCUUCGAGAAGGCGGGAGUCAACAUUUCCGUAGUGUCAGGAACCUUACCACCAGCUGCUGUGCAGCAAAUGAGGAGCAGAGGGAAGAACCUUCAGAACUCUGAGCUGCCAUUCUUCGCGGCCGGUGUGAGCGCCGUGAUCCACCCGCGCAACCCCAUGGUGCCCACCAUACACUUCAAUUACCGGUACUUCGAAGUACGGGAUAAAGAUGGAGUGCAAUGGUGGUUCGGCGGUGGCACAGACUUAACACCGUACUAUCUGAAUGAGGAGGACGCGGUGCACUUCCAUCAAACAUUGAAACAAGCGUGUGACGACCAUGACAAAACAUACUAUGAAAAGUUCAAGAAAUGGUGCGACGACUAUUUCUACAUUCCCCACCGAGGCGAGCGUCGUGGUAUCGGCGGUAUCUUCUUCGAUGAUGUCGAUUCUCCUAGUCAAGAGGCUGCCUUCAAGUUUGUGACGUCAUGUGCUGAAGCAGUCAUUCCUAGUUAUUUACCUAUUGUGAAGAAACAUAAAGAGGCCGGCUACGGUUACCACGAGCGCCAGUGGCAGCUGCUCCGCAGAGGGCGCUACGUCGAGUUCAACCUAAUGUACGACAGAGGCACCAAGUUCGGACUCCAUACACCUCAAGCGCGUUAUGAGUCCAUACUCAUGUCUCUACCUCUGAACGCUAAAUGGGAAUACAUGCACGAACCCAGUCCAGAUUCCGCCGAAGAGAAGCUGAUGAAAGUACUGAAAGAACCCGUCGAUUGGCUAAAUUUUAAGAAGAGUGAGGAUCGUGAAGCGGGGCGGUCGACAGCAUAAGUUAUUAUAUUAUUUAUUUGGUGGUAAUGGGUUCGUGUAACAUUGUGAAAAAAUCAUUUCUAAAUAUUAUAGUGAAAUAUACUGUUUUAGAUAAAGUUUAAA